AUGGAAUCACUCCAAAAAACUUGUAUACCAGUGCUGGUGAAUCUUAUUGAAGAAUCCAAAAUCAAAAGUUAUGCAAAACUAAUUGAUGGCUUGCCGAGCGGUGAAAAGUAUAAAUAUCAAAUCACUCCGGAGCCAAGCAACAGAAUUUUCGAGAUUCUUACCAAGGGACCUCUUCGAUUCUCAUCUGAGACAGCGAAUGAUAUUUCGAAAGUUCUCAACGUGACGAAAGUGACACUGACAUCUCCAAUUGUUAACGAUGCUUCCAUUGAUCUUCUGCGAUCGUUUAAUUUGGUAGAGCUGAGGUUAUUGAAUCUGAAGGAUGAGAGAACUGAGGAUCACAGACAUGGCUAUAAGAAAUCUUUCUUCGACAUCAUUGCUGCUCUAGACUCGAUCUUGAAUUCAAAAAGCCUCAAGAGCGUACGCGUUCUAAAAAUUGAUGGAGAUCAUACCGAAUUCAACUAUGAUUGGAUUGACCAGAUAGCAAACGUGCUCGGUCCAGUUCUUCAACAUCUCGACAUCAGCUCUUGUCAGUUUUUUUGGAAUCAAUCCACAACUAUCUUCACUCGUUUCCCGAACCUCAUUGAGCUCGAUGUGUCUUACACACAGAUCCGUUUGGCUGAUGGAAUAUCUCAAUUGAAAAAUCUGGAGAAACUGUCGCUUGCUGGCAUACGACUAGACAACGAUGAUUUCACAGAACUCUUCAAACUAAGGAAACUGCAAUUCUUGAAUCUGUCCGGUUGCUACAGGGGUCGGUUUACCGAUUUCAUGAACUUUUCAUUUCAUGAAAAGUCGCCUCUUCCGGAAUUGAAGGUUUUGGACAUUUCGGCAGAUGGAUACGAUUUGGUACUUAUAGUAAGAUUGGUUGAAGUUUAUCCGAAGUUGGAAACAAUUGGAUUGAUUGGAUACCAAUUCCCUCCAAACACCAACAUCUCAGGCGUCAAACUCCUUAUGAAUACUACUGUCGAGCAAUGUUUGGAGUCUCUCGACUAUUACCUCAACACCUGGGGAUUCCAACAUAAAACAAUUGCCAUGAUAAUCGAAAAAAUCAAUCAGGAGAGCGAAAGGGCUGGAAGGUUUAUGAUCAAGUGUCUAGGCAAAAUAAUUGAAGCAAUAGAUCAUGGAGCGAAGUUCACAACGGAUUUUGAGCCACUUGCUACCUUGACAACAUUAAUUGAUGAGCACCGUCUUCGAAGAAUCACUCCUUCUCAACGUCAUUCUCUAGCCAGAUACCUACUGGCACUGCAACCACAUGAUGGUCAGAUGUUUCAUUAUUUCCGUCUGUUUCAGCAGUGCUUCACUAGCGACGCCUUCCUUGCUACACCUCAUAUCAAUUACAGUAUGAUCUGUAACAAAACGAUCGAUUUAGUUCUUCGAGAGGUCACAGAGGAAGACUACGAUAGGCGAGAGGCCCCUCGAAUGAGAGACUACAAUAGACAACAUGCCCUUGAAAUGGGUGUAUCGAUUCUAAGCAAAUGUUUGCACAAGAUGGCUAGAAGUGAUGAGACUUUUCGAAAGAAGAGAAUUGAUGGUCUCCUUAUCUUCCUGAUGACUGGCUCUGACCAACGCUCCCGUCAAGCCGCUCUAGCUAUCCUCGUUCAUGUUUUAUCAUUCUCCUCUAAUCGAAGCAUGACGAAACAUCAAAAAGCCCGACUGAAGACUGAAAUCAUGUCCUGCAUUAACAGAUACAGGCAAGAUAGUUCCAUACACAUUGAGAAUUUCCAACAUUUCCUACAAACAAAACGCACGUCAUCUGGAGUAAAAGAUUGGUUUGAUUGGGUGAAGAUGUGUGGUGACAUGGGUUGCUGA